UUAUUUUUACCUCCUCCAGUGAGGUGAUUUUUCCAUUACCCUCCGUCCCCUUGUUUGAUUAUCCGCUGUCAACGGAAUUACACAAAAACUACUAGACCGGGGGUGGGGGAUAGCGUGGGCCAAGGAAGAACGCAUAAAAUUGAACUGUCCUGAAAUUUGCAGCAAUUUGUUUUCACUUUCUUUACAUUUCGAGUCGUAGGCGGAGGUCUGCGCUAUUCCAGUGCUCUUCUAGUUACCAUUUCCUUUAUCCAUGUUUAUCAAAGAUACUAGUGUGUUUGACAACAUGUCAGAUUAGUAGCGAUCCAGAUAUGUGCGACUGAGAAUUGUCUAAGUGGUUGGAUGUAUGAACUGUUGGUCAGAGGCUUCAGUAAGAAGGAUAGUUGUGCUGAUAUCAUAUUGCUUGUGUUCUGGCAUAAUACGUACAGUGCAUAGUCAAAUAAGCAGGCAUUACUGUAGCUUUACUUUUACGGAUCGACCAAUAUUUUGUAAUAAAUCCAGCUCAGUGUCUAUUUUUUAUUGUUCGCGUCUUAAAUUAUGUAAGGUUUAGCCUUUGGCAGUCUACGCUGACGUGACCACGCAAACGCGUCAUGCAAUAAUUUGGAAUGGAAUUGAUGAGACUGUAUGCCUUCAGUCAAGAAGCUAACGAUUUGUAUUGUGCAUAUACUCAACAUAAAGUUCAGUGAUCACGGUGCUGUCGGGUGGUUCUCAUUUGUCCAGUCAAUCGCCCUUUGACCUUCCUAGUCUGAAACAUUCACCCUUUGUGCUUCGCGCAUAAUGGCUACGCUGUACUCCAAGUAGUUGCAAUACAAGUCAAAGAGGCUCGGAAUAGUGGCACUGGUGCUCGCCAACUGCAGUGUAGAAGUAACCAUUUAGCCUACCAGCUAGCCACCAAACUCGCUUUCGUCCAUGUGGAGGGAGGAAGUAGGUGCGCGCCUCCUCAUUUUGUUCGGCGCGCAUUGUUAAACUCUGGGACUGAAGAGAGUGCAGCCUUGAGGAUUGUCCGUGCACGUGCCUUAGCUUCUGCCCAUAACGAGAAGCCGCCAUGGAUCCGGUCCCAACCACAGUGCCAGAGGGGUUCCGCUAUGAGACCCGCUACGUUCUCCUCAGCUACCUGGCCCUGCCGCCUGCACUACGACCAUUAGCUAUCCACUCAACCGCCGCAGAAGGUGGUGAUGCACGCUCUGUGGAGGAGAGGGAAAAGGAAAAAGAAAGAAGCACAAGGAUAAAGACAGAGAUCGAUGCAGAGCUGACAUUACUGGAGGAGGAGAUUGCAGCCUUGUCCUCCGUGACUGGCUUUGACCGUAUGUCCUCUGCGGUGUUCAGCCCUGCCCAUGGGGACAGCCCUGUGGAGGACAGCCUGGCUGUGCUGGGGGACCGUGUGGCCCAGGAGCUGGACCCCCUCCUGAGCUCCGUCACCCACUCACUCCUCAGCGGGUGAGUCAACUUCCAUGAAGACAGGCUUCAGGGGGCUGUUCAGGAGGUGUGCAUUCACACACAGGAAGGCUGGAGCCAGGUGUUGGUGCCUUUAGUGUUGCUGCAGCGGUUACAGGAUGAGGGACAGUCUCUGGCCACCGUGCUGUCUUUAGGAACACGCUUCCUGGAGGAGGCACAGGCCGACUUCAUCAUCCAGCAGGGUGGAUGGGGCGCAGUAUUUAGUUUGGAGGAAGAAGAAGACCCUGGUGUAAUCAUUGCGGAAGACAGCAACGACAUCUACAUCCUGUCGGGCGAACAGAUCCCCCCCGACCACCUCAGCCCCCCCGCAUCGCUCCUGGCAACGGCUGAAGGCAGCGGUCCCGCCUCGUGGCAGACUGAGAGCUUGGCCGCGUCGCUGGUGUCGGGGCACGAGUCGUGGGCACAGGUGGGCAUGAUGGAUCCUGAGGACGCCAAGAGCCUGGACAGCAACGAGGGCGUGGCGGCCCUGGCGGAAGAGCGCAGCGAGAAUAACUCCUCCAACUCGGACAUCGUCCACGUGGAGCGGGAGGAUGCAGAGCUCCUGGCCGAAGGGGAGGAGCUUCAGGAGAGCAUGCUGAGUGUGCUGGGCACAGAGAGCGAUCUGGCAGCGCUCCGGGCGGAGUUUAAGGAGGAAGAGGAGGACGCCAUUCCCAGUCACACGGCACUCAUCCCAGAUGCUCCACAGGCCUUAGUGGUGCUGGAGGAGCCCGUCGUCUUGGAAGCGCCUGCUAGCUUGUCGGCAGUGCCCCCCCUCCUGGUGUCUGCAGACAUGGAACCACCACCAGAACCUGUCCCAGAGUCUAAGCCAGAGCCCCCUGCCCCGGUCCCUGAGCCUCAACCAGAGGCCCCUAGUGAAGCCCCCAGUAUGGCCUCUGCAGUAGAGUCUCCUCCCCCAUCUCCCAUCAAGGAAGCCACUGCUCCUCCUGCCCCCGAACCCCAGCCUGAGCCAGCAUCAGAACCAGUAUUGGAGCCAGUGGUGGUACCAGAGCCAGUGCCCAUCCAGGAGCCCCCUGUGGCACAGCUUGAGGUACCAGAGGCGGCAGCUGCCCCGAUCUUGGAAACCCUGGUUACUCCACCAGCUGAAGCUCUGCUCCAGGCACCAGAACCAGCACCAGCACCAGCACCAGCACCAGCAGCCGAACCAGAGCCAGAGCCUGAACCCAAGCCAGAGUCAUCUGAGCUGCCUGUCCUGCUUUAUGGUGGCGCCGCCCUGGUGGUCAUGGCGGCAGUUGCUGCCUACGGAGCGCUGGCCUACAGGAGGAAGUAGCACAAAGCCCUGCUGCCCCUACCAUCCUGCUAUCAGCUUGCUCGCACCACACCAACCCACCGAGAUCUCUGCCCAGAAACCUGGCUGCUUUGAUGCCGAGCACCCGGCUCUGUUUGAAAUGUGCCCUCGUGACUCUCACCUCACCCUACCUCCCGUACUAUUACUCCACUUUCCAGUCAGGCCGGUUUGUUUCAUGUCCUCUCAUUUACCACAGUCUCAUAUGGUAUAUGGUGUAUGGUUUCAUUUGUUGUGGGAUAUUGACGUCAGGUUUCAUCACUCCUGUUCUGUCCGAUUGGAAGAGAGCUUUUUUCACAUCCCUCUUCCUUGGUCUAUUUAUGUCUUGUGACUGCCACUGUUAUUGUGGCUUUACAUGUGUCACGUAUGUAUGUAUGUCUGUCUCUCUGUGUGUGUGUGUGUGUGUGUGUGUGUGUGUGUGUGUGUCUGUCAUCAUAGCUCCUAUGACCUUGGGGAGGUGGGCAGUCUGGCAUCAUGUCGACUCCAGCAGGAGGAGGGUUACUUCCAGAUAUUAUGUCUGGUUUUGUUUUUGUUUUCCUCAUGCACUACUGAUUAGUUUCUCUAGUCAGGACAAGCUGGUCCUCCCAAAUGUACUUGCUGACAGUAGGAUCACACAGGCAGGCUGAUUACUGAGGAGGAUUAGGAAAAGAGUUCACCACAAAUUCACUGAGGCUGCCAAGUUUUCAGUUCCAUUUUAUAGGGGGAAUAUUCAGUGAGGUUCUCGAAAGGGAGAAGUUGAGCCAUUUAUUUUAAAUGGAGAGUUUCCCCCAUCAGUAGUUCUCUAUGAAUUGUGAAAAUAGCUGUUUUGCCUGGGCAGACACAGACACAGACACAGACACAGACACAGACACAGACACAGACACAGACACAGACACAGACACAGACACAGAC